GCCAGAUUCUCUUCUCUACUCCAUCUUCUUCUCUUAACUACUCUGCAUCCUGUUAAAUUAGCCUAUGGCUUCCAAUAAGUUUAAGUUUUUAUUUGGGUUGAUUUCCCUUAUUAUAGCUACUUCCUCUGCUCAGUUGUCCUUUAUUUUACGCGACAACAUGCCCCAAUGCACUUUCCACCAUUAAAUCAGCAGUGUCAUCCGAAGUCAAGAAAGAGGCUCGCAUGGGAGCUUCCUUGCUUCGUCUUCACUUCCAUGACUGCUUUAAGAGAUUCAACCACAGCAAGUCAAACUGCUGCUAAUUCCAACCUCCCCUACCCAUCCUCAAGUCUUAGUGUCCUUAUCAGUAACUUCUCCAACAAAGGUUUCACCGCUAAGGAAAUGGUAGCUCUUUCAGGAUCACAUACAAUUGGACAGGCUAGGUGCUCCACCUUCCGAAGCCGUAUCUACAACGAGACCAACAUUGAUUCCACCUUUGCAACAUCACUACGGGGAAAUUGUCCGAGCAAAGGGGGAGACAAAAACCUUGCUCCUCUAGACACAACAAGUCCAACAUCAUUUGACAAUGCAUACUUUAAGAAUUUGUUGAACAAGAAGGGACUUUUGCAUUCCGACCAGGAGCUCUUCAAUGGAGGUUCCACAGACUCUCAAGUUACCGCAUACAGCAACAACGCCGGAACGUUCAGCACAGACUUUGCGAAUGCGAUGGUAAAGAUGGGGAAUCUGAGUCCACUCACGGGCUCAAAUGGCCAAAUCAGGAAGUGUUGUAGGUAGGUCAAUUGAGUUUGGAUGGCACAGAGGCUUGGAAUUGUCCUUUUCUGUUUAGGAAUAAAAUGGUUGGGUUGUU